CGGGCGGCGCGCACAGGUGGCGGCGAUUGGACAGGAGGGACCCGGAGGGUGACGUCACGGGCUCGAGUCCAGGCGGCAGAAAUAGGGCAGCCGCGGCGGCGGCGGCGGCAGAGCGUCGGGCCGCGGCGGGCAGCGGCGGCGCGGGGAGCUGGAGCCGCGAGAGCCUCCUGCGCGCCGGGACCCUCGCACCGCCGAGACCCAGAGGAGGACGCGCGCGGGACCGAGUCGCCGCCGCCGCUGCCGCCGCCGCCACGGGGCGCUUUCGCCCACCCGCCCGAGAGCGGCCACCCGGUCUCCACCCCGGCCCCUGCCGCCUCAGACUCAACAGAAUGAACCCAGGAGGCUUUUGGCUGUGUCUUGCACUGCUCGGGGCCUCCCUGCCUGCUGCACUGGGAUGGAGGGAUCCAGGAGCCAGCAGAGGCCUGAACCUGGCUAUGAGGGAGUCACGGGCAGAGGACUCAAGAAUCUUUGAAGUCUCAAGAAGAGAAGGGCUGGACCAUGCAGGGCUGCCGGCCUCCUGCAGGAAGAAGCUGUGUGGCCGUGGGAGCAGGUGCGUCCUGAGCAGAGAGACAGGGGAGCCUGAGUGCCGCUGCCUGGAAUCCUGCAGGCCCAGCUACAUGCCCGUGUGUGGCUCCGAUGGCAGGUUCUAUGAGAACCACUGUGAGCUCUACCGUGCUGCGUGCCUGCUGGAGAAGAAGGUCACUGUUGUCCACAGCAAGGACUGCUUCCUCCAAGGAGACCUGUGCACCAUGGCUGAUUAUGCCCACCUGAAGAAUGUCCUCCUGGCCCUCCAGAGCCGUUUGCAGUCACCCCAGGAAGACAGCAGGCCAGAACCUGCCUCCCAGAAGCGCCUCCUGGUGGAGUCUCUGUUCAAGGACUGGGACGCAAAUGGUGAUGGUCACCUCCGCAGCUCUGAACUAACACAGCACAUGCUGAAGGCGCAGGACCUGGAGGAGGACUUUCUGGGGUGCUCACCUGCUGACCUCCUCCGCUUUGAUGACUACAACAGUGAUGGCUCACUCACCCUGCGCGAGUUCUACACAGCCUUCCAGGUGGUUCAGCUCAGCCUGGCCCCUGAGGACAGAGUCAGUGUGACUACGGUAACCGUGGGGCUGAGCACAAUGCUGACCUGUGCUGUCCAUGGAGACCUGCGGCCACCCAUCAUCUGGAAGCGCAACGGUCUGGCCCUCAACUUCCUAGACCUGGAGGACAUCAAUGACUUCGGCGAGGAUGACUCCCUCUACAUCAACAAAGUGACUACCGUCCACAUGGGCAACUAUACCUGCCACGCCUCUGGCCACGAGGAACUGCUCCAGACCCACGUCCUGCAGGUGAAUGUGCCACCGGUCAUCCGCGUCUACCCUGAGACCCAGGCACAGGAGCCUGGGGUGGCAGCCAGCCUGAGGUGCCACGCAGAGGGCAUCCCCAUGCCUGGGAUUAGCUGGCUGAAGAAUGGCAUGGAAGUGUCGACCCAGAUGUCGAAGCAGCUCUCCCUCUUAGCCAAUGGGAGUGAACUCCACAUCGGCAGCGUUCGGUAUGAAGACACAGGUGCAUACACCUGUAUUGCCAAAAACGAAGUGGGUGUGGAUGAAGAUAUCUCUUCGCUCUUCAUCGAAGACUCAGCAAGAAAGACCCUUGCAAACAUUCUCUGGCGAGAGGAAGGCCUCAGCGUGGGAAACAUGUUCUACGUCUUCUCUAAUGACGGCAUCAUCGUCCUGAACCCAGUGGACUGUGAGAUCCAGAGGCACCUCAAGCCCACAGAGAAGAUCUUCACAAGCUAUGAAGAAAUGUGCCCCCAGAAGGAAGGGGAAGCCCCCCACCCAUGCCAGUGGGUGUCAGCAGUCAACAUCAGGCACCGAUAUAUCUACGUGGCCCAGCCCACAUUAAGCAGAAUCCUCGUGGUUGACAUUCAAGCCCAAAAGGUCCUCCAGUCCAUAGGUGUGGACCCUCUGCCGGCUAAGCUGUUCUAUGACAAGUCACAUGACCAAGUGUGGGUCCUGAGCUGGGGGGACGUACACAAGUCCCAGCCAAGCCUCCAGGUGAUCACGGAAGCCAGCAGUGGCCAGGGCCAGCACCUCAUCCGAACGCCCUUUUCAGGAGUAGAGGACUUCUUCAUCCCCUCAACCAACCUCAUCAUCAACCACGUCAGGUUUGGCUUCAUCUUCAACCACUCUGACCCUGCCAUCCAUAAAGUAGACUUGGAGACGCUGAUGCUGGUCAAGACCAUCAGCCUGCAGAGUCGGUGCUGCGUGCCCCAGGCCAUGGCCCACACUCACCUGGGUGGCUACUUCUUCAUCCAGUGCCGACCAGAUGGCUCUCGUCCCCCUGCAGCUCCGCAGCUGUUGUUGGACAGUGUCACCGACGCUGUGGUCGGCCCCAACAGCGACAUCACCGGCACCCCACACACGUCCCCUGAUGGACGUUUUGUGGUCAGCGUGGCCACCUCUAGCUCCCAGCUCCACGUGCAGGAGAUCACGGAGCGGGGGGAGCUGCAGACCCUCUACCGUCUGCACACGGGCCCAGGAGUCUCAGCAUUGGCGUUCCAGCGCUCCUUCACCAGGGGCAGCCAGUACUCCAUCUACGCUGCACUGGAGGCAGAGCCGCACCUGCUGCUCCUGGAGCUGUCCACGGGGAAGACUAGGGUGCUGAAGGACGUGCAGGAACUGCCCGCUGGGCCAACCCCACGCUGGGGAGGGCCCCACAGGGUGGUGAGGGACAGCGGGCUCUUUGGACAGUACCUCCUCGUGCCAGCCCGAGAGUCACUGUUUCUCAUCAAUGGGAGACAAAAUGCACUGCGGUGUGAGAUGGCAGGCAUUAAAGGGGUGACCACGGUGGUGUGGGUGGGUGAGGUGUGAAGGUACCCAGAGCUGAGCGGCCCCCCACCCCACCCCAGGCCCGGGAGCCCCCACCUCAUCCUGACACCGAAGCCCUGAGCAGGCACACUGUACAUUUUUACAGACAAAAGCCAAAAAAAAAAAAAAAAAAAAAAAGGCAAAAAAGAAAAAAAAAAAAAAACCUGUAUCUGCUUUGUGGUUCGACACUGGUCUCCUUGCAAGUUUCCUAGCAUAUGGUUUGCAUUGCUGCUGGGACUGGGGUCUUUUUGUUGGGAAAUAUGAUUUGGCCAUGUGCUCCCAUGAGAACACGCAGCUCCAGCCUUGCUUCCCUGGGGACACUGUGGAACACGAGCACCUGCUUUGCAGGCUGACACUCUGUGGCCUUCACACAGUCAUCUUUCUCCGCUGCCAGACACAGCCGGACUUCCCAGACUAAGUGGCCUGGCCGAACCCAAGCUGGCUGGGAGCAGAGGGUUCUUCCAAGAGGAGAGCUAUGACCACCCUCCCUCGCCCUGGGCCUCACUUCUCCUCUGCAGCUGCUUCUUGCUUUUCUGCCCAUUGGACUUUCUGUCAGCCUGUAGAGGGAGCCAACAGGACUUCUUGCAUCUUGGGGGCUGGAGAGAUCACUCACUUUAUUUUGGAAAUUUUGAUUAAAAAGUAAUUUUUUAUAAUCUCCAAUGCUAGUAAACAGAAAAACUCUCUCUGGGGUCCAGCUGCAUCCCUCUCUGCCUUAGGGCAUGCCUCCCAGAGUCACGCCUCACACCCCACAGCCAGGAGGGAGAGCAACGGCCAUCAGAGAGUACCAGCCCUCUACUGCAGUGCCACCUCGGACCACUCUGGGGUAAAGACUCUGUUCUAGGUUGGAAUGGGGGGUGGCAGUCCCAAGAAAUCAGACAUUGUGGACCUGUUUCUCACCCCUGAUGAGCACCAUUCUUUUAGCCAGGCCCAGGCUCCCAAUUCGGGGCGUAUUGGGCUUGUCCUGCAGGUUGUGGGUAGCCUGCAGAGCAAGAACCUACAGGUUCAAUGAAGAGAACCUAAGAACACAAGAGGGGGUCCAAUCAGGUUCCUUAGGCUUUCACAUUUCAAAACUGAUUUCAUUCCUGCCUGUGGCCCUCAUGCUCAGCUCCAAACGCCCACACACACUCCCUAAGUCCCUAUUAUCAUAAGAACACAAACAGCACGUUUUAGUCAGUGUUUUCUUAGCCACAGGCCUUGUCUCCCCAGCAACACACACUCUGUGAAGGUCAGGCCAGGAAGGCUGGGGCUGCCACUGCUGCAUGAUUCCCAGCCUGCUGAGUGCUGUGGGUUUCAAGGGGGCAUGAAAGCAUUACCCAGCUAUUACUGUGGCUACAACCUAUGCCCAUGAACCUCAGCCAGAAAGAGGCUACCUGAGUAAUGCCCCCUUUUUUCUCUGAUGUCAGUGAGUGAAACUCACAUGCCAGCUGCACUCCCCGAGCUGCUUGGAGUUGGGAGAGAAAUGGUCCCAUCACACAGCCCCCUUCACCUGUCCAGCCCCCUUCACCUGUCAGCGUGGCCUUGAUUUUCCUGUGCUGCUAAGGACUGGCCCUUGGCAGAGAAAGGUAGACAGACCCUACCUGGCUCUAAAUACACACAGCUCCUUCUUACCCAUCCCCAAAUUGCCCAAGAUCAGACACCCUCUGGUGUGUCUCCUGUACAUCAGACACCUGUCCCCAGCAACUAGGAGUGUCCCUAGACAUGAAUGUUCAUGUUGUGUGCCAUGUAAUACAUAGAAAGCACAUCAAGGAAACUAACUUCAGAGAACAACUGAGAAGGAUGGAUAACGCAUCUCACCUUUUUUAAUUCCUGCCUCAAUAUCUUAGUGUAUACACACACACACACACACACACACACACACACACGUUUGUUGCCAAAGUUCUCUAACUUAAAUGAACUACUCCCUCUGAGGGGAAAUCUUGUCUAUUUUGGCAGCCCUUAGCAGAAAGAGUCUCACAAGCCUAAGCAAGGAAGAAGGACCAGCCAAUCUGAUCCAGCACAAUACCUCUGGACCACAGAUCCCUGAGUAAAAGGUGAGGACCAACCAAACUGCCCUCCUAAGUGAGUGGAAUCACUGCAUCUGUUUUAUGUCCACUGCUCCUUCUACAUCUCUGUGUGCCUGGGCAGCAAGCCCGCCUCUCACCAUCCUUGCCAUGAAGUUACUGACAUGGCCAGCUUGCUUUUGCUGCCAGCAUGUGGAACACAGAUGAACUAGAGCAAAGGAUCAUGGGCCCUUACUGUAAGCCUGAGCAGGGGGCCAACAUGACUGUUUGCAUCUUAGGGAGAGACAUAAAGGACUUGAAUGGGAGACCUUCAUUCUUCUUCCACUGAGUAUGUGAAUGGAGAUUCUGAAUCCAGAAGCCCAGCUCUGUGAAUUGCUGGCAGACAGGUCUGCGUCUACCUCCAGACCAUGCAUGGCAUGGGCUUCCCACAAAGAUGCCCGCACUCGCCUCACACACAAUGUGGCAAAUACUAGCCCAGCAAGCCCUGCCUGGAGUCAGCCCCUGCUUCUUCCUUAGGUCUCCAAGUCAUUUGGGGUCCCACUCCUUGUCUCCAAGUCCCUGGAAGAGCCCUGUGAAGCCAUGGCUGGGAUCCACCAUCCAUCCCAAAUUUCAGAUCCUUUGACCUAGAGAUAGCAUCCUCACAGAUCAAUGCUCACUCCCAGCAAGUCCCACCUCCUCCCACCUGCCGUCUCAGCCUCCCCCUGCUCCUCCUGGACCCAAGGGCUCCCAGUUCCAAGUAGGUGCCCCAGAGAACAGCAUUUACACCUGGAUAAAUCAGGGCACCAGUGCCAUCCUGUACAAGUGGACACCUGAGUCUGCAAGUAGGAAAGCAGCAUGGGGAUGGCUUCGUGUGGCUUUUCUGUUGACCUAUAGCCUGUGAACUAAAGGAGAUUUCAGAACUGAGAUGUGAAACAUAUUCUCUGUGGAUAUAUUUUUCUACAAGGGGGCUUUAAAACCAGUCAAUUCAUUUCUCUAUGUGUGGAUGCUCUACCAUCUUCUCUCCACCUCCACCCCACUCUGCUCUUCAGAGGCAAACCUGUGGGAGAGACGGCACUCUCCCCACCCCCUCCCACUCACCCACAAUCUACCUCACAUUCCUCUCCCUGCACCCAGUACAACCUCCCCCAACACCCCGUGUGAGGGAACUGGUGCACUCAGCACCCACUGGGACACAGACCCUUGUUAGCCAGGACCACCCCCCCCCAAGCCCUGCUAGAAAUACUCGGAACUGUCAGGGAGGUUGGAUAUUGUCAUGCAGGACACCCUCUAUUUCUCCUCCCUCCACCCACUUAGUCUCUGCCUUUCCUCUCCCUCCUAUGUCUCAGGCCUUCUGUCCAUGAUCCUCUACGUAGCCCCAUAAUUCAAGGGGCUACUCACCUUCCCACACCAGCCAAAGCAUGCAUGGCCUUUUGUCCUUGCUCUGGGAGGGCCAAGUGAGAAUCCAUUCAAAGGUCCAGGCACUGCUGUCUGCUCCCAGACUGGCAGGUAGACAGUGUGGUUUUGUUCAAGAAAGCCACUGGCUACUUUAGUCUCUCUGCAAAAGUCAUAGAAAUCAUAGGACAGAAGUACAAAAACAAUUCAAGGGGAAGAUAUAAAUACCUGUCCUUAAAGUGUCACACUAUAAUACUCUAGGUAUCUGGAGGAGUGCAGCCCACUUCCUGCUCAAGUGUCUACAUAUACACCUGCCAAAGCACUGGAGGACUUGAGCACCUUCUCUGGGCCUACAGGCUCUAAGCCCCAACCACCCAGCAGAUGCCAGAACACAGCAAGCAUGAUUCACGCUUCCUUGGAGCUCUGGCCAGAGAUAGGGAUUUAACCACAUGUAAUGAAUGCAAAUUUAUCAAAUCCAGGGGGAGCAGGAAUUGGCAUCGUAGAUUCACAGUAAGGCUUCUUUAGCUAGCACCACAGUAUUUGACAUGCACUUUUUUGGUUUCUUUUUUCUUUUUUCUUUUUUUAACAAAGCCAUCUUCCUAAGCUCAUUUUGAGUAAUGUGGGAUCAUCCCUUUCCCUCUGUGGCCCAGAAAGAGGGGUCUGCUGGGCUUAGCCUGCAGGCCACAAGUGAUAACUGCUGAUUCACCCCUUCAUGGAGCCUGGUGCAGGAUGGGUAUGUGCCACCCUGUGGAGACACCCUUUUCAAGACCACAUUUGUCCACAAGGAAGGGCAACUGGCAUUGGUUGGCUAAGGAGUCCACAAGCUUCCCGUGAGAACACUGGCUGAACCUUCAGCCACUGACCAGUCUCUUGCUAUUUUAGCUGCUUCAGAGAGUGGGGGACAACUAAUCCAUAAGCCAUUCACCCCAGAUUCACAGCAUAUCCAAGGAACGCCUUGCCCCAUUCUGUUCCUAUCCUGGCCUGCCCGAUCUUCCCCUGCUGCUCGUGUUUUUGGAAGGCCUGUGAGAUGAUCUACAAGCAGAACUGGGCAUGGAGUUUUGCUGAUGUGGUCACACUCACUGUCUCUUACUAUAGUGUCACCAGACAACCCUUAAGCUAUGAUGUUGCUCACAUCAUCUGUCCCAUUCCCUGUCUAGCCCUCCCGCACUGAAGAAAACACCCAAACACCCAGCUCUCUUAUGUCAAGGCAGAUUACAUUUAUUUUGAGCAGUUGUGUAGACUCCAAAAUCUAUUUUCUGUAUUCACCAGUAUUUCUCAAAAGACCUCCCGCAAAUACUACACAUGUGAAUUUUCUCCUUAUUUAUAAAAUAUAUAUAAAUUAUUUUUAAUACAUCAACUUUAGUAGAAAUUUGUACCAAUGCUGUAAGUAUGUGGCAUUUGAAAUGAGUUUGUGUUUGCGUUGACGUGUCACACAGUAUUGAACACACCGUGUAUUUGUAGUAUCUCUGGAUAUAAAGACAAGUCACAAAUUACCAUAAAGUGUUGUCAUUGUAAAUGCUCUUUUUCUGAGGAUUUUACAAUAAAACCCAAGAAAAGUUCA